AUGUGCGAGAUGAUGCUGCAGCCCUUCAUGAAGCCCUUCCGGGUGUUCUCGGAUGUCUCUUUGGCCGACUUCAAUGCCCUGCUCACGAAGGCGGAGGGUCGUGACAAGCUGGCGCGUACCUUCCAAUAUUGUUCGCGAAGCAUCGUCGGAAGCGCAGCCUACCUGCAGCCGACAGCGGGGACGCUACUGGCCAGACUUGAGGGGAAUGCAAGGACAGUCAUGGUCCAAUUGGCAAGUGCACGGCGAACUCACCGAUGGUGCAAGGAGUUUCCGGUGAUACAGAGCCUGCCAGCGUGUUUCAAGAUAAAUGAUCCUGUCGACCGACUCUUUGAGCUACUGCAGAAGGCAUCCUUGGCCGCUUUUUUAAUGAUCGAUCACAUCGGCAUGCUGAAGCAGUGGAAGAUUCUGUCUGGUGGCAAGAGGGCCGGAACAGGAACGAUUCAGCUGGGAUUGAAGUGCGGCUCCCAGAGCCGAUACGCCGAUACUGUAUGCAUUGAGGUCAGCUUGCAGGGCUUGAGUGGCUACCAGUGUGUGCUUGCACGCCUUUCUGCUUUGCAUCUGCCUGGCAUGGGACUGCUCGCAAAGGAUCUUUACCUUCUGCAACAUAGUUGGGGCCGGCCAGACACGUUUCAAGCGACUUCCAAGCUUCAUUCGACCUGUGGGGCGGGUCUUCGAGGUACUUGGAUUCAGGGAUGA